AUGUCUGGACCUAUCAGAAGCAAAAAUGGGGAUAUCUCGAAGGCUCCAACUCCACAGAACACACCGUCGUCGGUAACUAACUCAUACCUUAGAUCACAACCUACCGUAUCUACUAUAAGCGAGGAAGAUGGUGCCAAUCAAAUAAACAAGCAGUUGGCAAAUAAUCCUGCGAUUUUAUCUAUGAUUCAAGGUAAAUUAGGCUCUUUGGUAGGGCAACAAAGUGGUUAUAUUGAUACGUUGUCCAAAAAGGUAAAGGACAGAGUUUACGGCUUGAAGUCGAUCCAGCAACUGCAAAUGAAGUUGGAAGCCGAGUUUCAGAAAGAACUCUUGGAAUUGGAGAAAAAAUAUUUCCUGAAAUAUGAGCCGUUGUAUGAAAGAAGGAAGAAGAUCAUAAACGGUGACGAGGAGCCUAAACCGGAAGAAGUUGAAGAGGGCGAACAGUUGGAAGAAAAACUGGAUGACGAGGAUGAUGAAGAUAGAAAGGUUGAGGAGUUGGAUGAGGACCAGAACGAGGGAGAUGAAGGAGCAGAAGAGGAAAAAGGUAUUCCUGGGUUCUGGCUAACAGCUCUUGAAAACUUGCAGACUGUAUCUGAAACUAUCACUGAUAGAGAUAGUGAUGUUUUACAAAAUUUGAAAGAUAUCAGGAUGGAAUAUUUGUCAACUCCAGGUUUUGAGUUGAUUUUUGAAUUUUCUGAGAAUCCUUUCUUCUCAAACCAGAUAUUGACUAAAACUUAUCAUUAUCAGGCUGAAUUAGGCUACUCAGGAGACUUUGUUUAUGAUCAUGCUGAUGGAUGUGAAAUAAACUGGUCUUCGAAGGAACUGAACGUUACGAUAAAUAUCGAAAGGAGAAAGCAGAGGAAUAAGACCACCAAACAGACAAGGACUAUUGAAAAAUUAACUCCAGCUGAAUCUUUCUUCAAUUUCUUUGAUCCCCCGAAGCCACCGCAGCCCGAUGUUGAAGAGGAAGAAGAUGAAGAUGAAGAUGAAGAGGAGGAAGACGACCUAGAGGCCAGGUUGGAGCUUGACUAUCAAUUAGGAGAGGAGAUCAAGGAUAGGUUGAUCCCCAGAGCAAUUGAUUGGUUUACUGGAGACGCUGUAGAGUUCGGUUUCCCUGAAGAGUUUGAAGAUGGUGAAGAGGAUGACGAGGAAGAAGAUAGCGACGAAGACGGAAGUGAAGGCGAGGCUCCCAAGGAAAAUCCACCAGAAUGUAAACAACAGUGA